AGGCGAGAACACGGAAGACACAUGAUAGACGAUAACAGAUAACACCUCGCUGUGAUCUCUUCUCAGGACUAGUUUAAGGUAACAAUAACGGGCCGUACAUCGGAUCUGGUGUAAGAUUUCACUUGUUUUGGCACCGACAGCUCGUGAGUGAUGAUGGUGUCGAUCAUGCUUCUGUAGCCGAAGCUGCUUCUUCAUUAUUGAAACACAUAAACAAACUGUGAGCAGGCUCCGUAGUGUGUUCAGCAGAUAAAGAAGAUGCCCGCUCGUAACCUCGUGUCCGACGAGAUCCCUAACAGCAGAGUUAGGUACUCCAGGUUGGCCGCUGAUGAUGAAGGCUACACUGAUCUACAGUUCAAAAGGAGCCCACCCAAAGUCCCAUACAAAGCCAUAGCACUAGCCACAGUCCUCUUCUUAAUCGGCUCUCUGUUAAUCAUCAUUGGCUCCCUUCUGCUGGCUGGAUACUUUGGAGUCACUCACUCAGACCGAACUGUGCCUGUCCUUAUCAUUGGGAUCCUGGUCUUCCUCCCUGGAAUUUACCACCUACGAAUAGCUUACUAUGCAUCGAAGGGCUACCGGGGCUACUCCUAUGAUGAUAUCCCGGACUUUGAUGACUGACACCUCGGCUUCAGCUUUGUACUCGUAUACACUCUUAAUAUUCUGCUUUUGCUAAUUUAAAGGCACUGACAUUUUUGAAAGAAAAUGGGCUUAAAUAGAUUCUGUAAAACUACCUUCAUAUGAAUCUUGAUGAUUUUGAUGUCAUAGGGUUAUAUGCCGAGUAGUUGGUGCCAGCCUGCUGUUAUGAAGCCAAAUCAGUAUCGGACAUUGUUUGAUUUGUAUAUUUGUUUUGUUAGCUGAGUAAAUUAAUAAAACUGUAAUUUUAUGGGUAUCUCUUAUUUGUUUGUAAUUUGUAUCCUUGAGAUCUUCUAUAGCGUAAAAACAAUAACUUCACACUGAGUUGGUCCAACAUUUUAGCUCAUAGUACAGUACUUAGAAGAAUUCAACCAUGUGGCUACUUUUGCACUGAAACAGGACUGAUUAUUCUAGACACAAGUCGAGCCAAUUCUCAAAAUUAAUUUCUUUUUCAUGCCACAUAAAAAAAACUGAAAUUGUAUUCAGUGGGUUCCUAAAUUUGAGGCGAUCCACCUGCCUAUUCAAGGGGUAGAGACAACUCAUGGAACUGGUUUGUAGUGAAUUAAUUAACAGGAUAAUUAGGAUAGAAG